CUGCGUAACGCUAUGCUGCAUGCGAGCCCGGCUGCCCGAUCUCGGUCGUUUUGCCCACGCCAUCCCUGUACUCCUCGCGUGUUGUUGGCUUCGUGGGUGCGGCGGCGCAUCACCAACACUGAUUCGGUAGCCCUCCACCCUUCCCUCCGCGCCUGCGCCGUUCCCUGCCUCCCGCUCCCAAUAACCCAUCGCUUCCGCCUCCGAUCGAAUCGAGCCAUGGCCCGAGAGUACGAGGAGGCGUUGGAUUGCUUGUCCUCCCUCAUCACGCGCCGCACUCGAGCUGAUGGGUCCAACAAGGGCGACCACUUCGAUCUGAUGUUCGACUACCUAAAGAUCUUGGAGUUGGAAGACGCGAUUCCUGAACUUAAAGUAAUUCAUGUUGCCGGCACCAAAGGAAAGGGUUCGACGUGCACGUUUACCGAAUCAAUUCUCCGGUGUUGUGGGUUCCGGACUGGAUUGUUCACAUCCCCUCACCUGAUCGAUGUCCGCGAGCGGUUCCGUCUCGAUGGGGUAGAAGUUUCUGAAGAGAAGUUUUUGGAGUAUUUCUGGUGGUGUUGGCAUAGACUGCAGGAGAAAACUGGUGAUGAUGUGCCGAUGCCGGCCUAUUUCCGCUUCCUUGCCCUCCUAGCAUUCAAGAUAUUCUCAGCAGAGCAGGUGGAUGUUGCUAUAAUGGAAGUUGGUUUGGGAGGAAAAUUUGAUGCGACCAAUGUGGUGCAGAAACCAAUUGUUUGUGGAAUAUCCUCCUUGGGUUAUGACCAUAUGGAAAUUCUCGGAAAUACACUGAGAGAAAUUGCAGGAGAGAAAGCUGGCAUAUUUAAGAAAGGAGUACCUGCAUAUACUGUGCCCCAGCCUGAAGAAGCAAUGCAUGCGCUGGAAGACAAGGCUUUUCAAUUAGGUGUUCCUCUUCAACUAGCUUCACCUUUAGAUACUGGACUGCUGAAAAAUCAGCAUCUUGGGUUAGAUGGUGAACAUCAAUAUCUAAAUGCUGGGCUCGCUAUUGCCUUGUCUAGUGUUUGGCUUAAAACGACUGGAAAUUUGAAAAGCAUGAAUAUAGAUGAACAUAGUUUACCUGAGCAAUUUGUCAGCGGCCUAUCAAGGGCUCGUUUGGAGGGACGAGCACAAAUUGUCCCUGAUUCACUGGGGCAACAGCAGAACUCCAACCUUGGAGGCUUGACUUUCUACCUGGAUGGUGCACAUAGCCCAGAAAGCAUGGAAAUGUGUGCAAAAUGGUAUUCCCAUGCUAUAAGAGAAGAUCCUUCACGGUUUGGGGAAAGGUCUCAUGAGAAUCACCAUAUGAGACAGGGAGGUCACCCUAAGUCACUAGGGGGAAAGGAUCACCAACAGAUACUUUUGUUCAAUUGCAUGUCAGUGAGAGAUCCUCAGCUCCUGCUUCCGCGUCUAAUAAAUACUUGUGAUCAGCAUGGGGUCAAGUUUCAUAAGGCCAUUUUUGUACCAAACCAAUCAGUAUAUAACAAGGUUACAUCUCUUGCAUCACCACCAACUGAUCCUCAGCAAGUCGAUCUUUCUUGGCAGCUGACACUACAGAAAGCAUGGGAGAAUUUUAUGCAUAGUGAACAAGGCUCAAGUUGUGCAAGUGUCUGUGAGGACAGUUUAGUGUUUCCUUCACUCCCAUUAGCUAUUAAGUGGCUCAGGGAAAGUGUUCAACAAAGCAGAUCAGUUCAAGUUCAGGUUCUGGUGACCGGUUCCUUGCACCUUGUGGGUGAUGUGCUAAGACUAAUGAAGAAUUGAUGCUUCCUCGUCGAGAUAAACUUAUAAGCUCGGUCAUGUUUUGAUUCGCUGAUUCAUCUCUAUUAAGUCUAACAAUAUUCUGAAGACUCUUGGAAAACAAAAACAUUAUUCUGAAUGCUGGUAAGCUAUCGCUUCCUCACUUACCUUUUAUUGUUGAGAACCUCAAGUUUUCAGGUUGAAGAGGUCACUCGACAAAUAUUGUUAUACCGUCAUCAUCGUGAGUUGCUUCAAGUAGACCGAGUAAAUCUUGUUCCUGGGCUUGAAAAAUUUUUAUGUAAGAGACGAUUGAAAGAAAAAUGGAAAUUGAUGAGUUCACUCUUGCAAAUUUAUACACUUUCUUUUUAGUACAAUCAUCUUUUGA